AUGGAAUUGCAGAUACCCUUCACAGAAAGGGCAAAGUUCAUUCGAUAUGAUAUUCCGGAUGGUGUCAGUCAAGCAGCUGCUGAAGCUGAGAUCACAGAGAUUUGCCAAAAUCAGCUGGACAUGUGCCACUUCGGCGUGGUGGCGAGCCACAUCCCACAGGUGUUGGUCUCUCACAACCAGGUAGAUAACGGUACUUGCGCCAUUUUUUUGAAACAGCUCGGAGACGCCUCCAGCAAUGCAUCCCGUGUGGAAUGCAACACCGUCACCAAGGGCCGCGGCGACGCAGUGAUGAUCGAGAAGUCGCCCGUGCACCUUAGCGCCAACCACCUGCAGAUGCCGGGCGUAAGAGGUAUCUGGAUUGAUGGCCGGGGCGGCAACUCCGGCAUGCCCGAGUUCACCAUCACGGACAACCAGAUCAGUGGAGCAUCUUCCACGGGCAUCGAAGUCAUUGGAAAAAGCCGCUGGUGGUCGCAGGAAUCUGCGAAAUCUGCGACCAGCGAGUUGGUGGAAGUGGAUGCCCAAGAGCUGGAGCGCUGGAAUGACGACGGAAAUCUCGGCGAAGGGCGAAGUGAUGCCACUGGAACCAUUGCCAAUAACUCGGUGAGCUGUAGCGGUCGUGGUCUCUUGCUGCAAGAUGUUUCAGCCCUAGUGGAAGGCAAUGUCCUGGCGCAGAACAAAGGCUGGGCGCUGCAUUUCGACCUGCGCUUCGUGGGGUCCGCGGAGAACGCGCAGAGCGCCGUGCUGAGGAACACGGUCGUUCCCCCGAAGUCCAAAAAGGGCCACGUGGUGCGCGGCUUCGCGCGAAGCAUCCGCAUCAGCUUGCCCGAGCCGGGCUGCGACGCGUAUCCCGGGAUUCCGCCAAAGGUUUGCGACAAUCUCAGGGAGAACGGUGAAUGGGAAAAGGAAGAAGAUGUCCGCACAGCCGCCGGCAGAGCCUUUCAGGCUGAAUUGGGCCGGAUUUGGGACCUGCAAUGUGUCGAAGAGAGUCAGGUGGUGGAACGGAUCUUGUCCCAGUCAGCUGCGAAUCGACCGCUGCAAGUGCUCCAUGAACUGCAACAUUUGAACAGCUCAGUCUUUUCCAUCGCGAAGUUGGGGGGUCUCGACCCUCCGGCGGCCAACGAAUUGGAUCGUAGCAUCAUGAAGUUGCACAACGUGUUGGGCGCGUGCGAGAAGAUCUUGCGCACGCCCAUCUACACGCCCUACACGCGCUUCACCAGCCGUUUCCUCUUCGUGUGGUGCAACGCGCUGCCCUUUGCGAUGUUUCCCUUGCUGGGCCCUUGCCUCACAAUGCCGAUGACCUUGGUGAUCUCUUUCUUCAUGUUAGGUAUCGAGGACAUCGGCUCUCGUGUGGAACAACCCUUCGAUGUGCUACCCUUGUGGCAGUACUGUGAAGACAUCGAAUUCAGCUGUCAGCAACUCCUGGAGCAUAGCCGCAUGUUAGGCCGCCUGCCGGAUCACAAAGCAUGGUUGGAGGCGCAGCUGCGGCAACAACUAGGCCCCUUUGUGAGCUCAAUUUCAGUUUAA